UUAUUACCGAAGACGCGAAAUAAAAUUAAAGAUCAAGAAAAAGAAAGAUAUUUAAUGGGAGGACAGAUUGAGGAAGCAACAACGCUUGCAAGUCACAAAUCGAAGGAAGGACAACCCGGAUAUGGCAGAUUACACUUGAUCAUCGUGUCCCGGGAAUUUCUCUUGGGGUAAGAAGAUCACGGAAAUGGAAAUAUUCCCCCAAUUCUAGAUUCCCGUACUACUUUUCAGAUCUCGACCACUCUGAUGCCUUGCCAAAUCCUGAAAUAGAAAGAAACCGUCUGCCUCAUUAGCCCUCUCGGAUUAUUUUCCAAAACAGGUCCCAUAGAGAACAAGAAUAAUGGAAUCAGCAGAAAGAAGGGCCUCUUAUGCAGCUAAUCGUUGUUUCACUCGUGAUUUUAUGAUGCCACUGAAUUCUUCUGACCACCCACCAUCAGUUUCUAAAACAUUGGAAUCUGAUUGGGUGUCUCGCAAUUCUGUCAAUGAUCAGGCCAGCUCAGGUGGAAUGCCCCAUAACCCAAAUUGUGACAAAUUGCCAGACAUGAAGUGGUGGCUACAUGUGAAAAGCAACCUAGGAGAAGAGGCAAAUUAUACAUGUCAACAUCUGAAUUCCUGGGAGGGUGAACUUGGUUCUUACGGUGCAGGUUUGGUUGAUGAUAAUGUUAAAAUUGGGGAUGUUCAAUCUAUCAAAGACAUUGAUUCUGUUUCUUGCAUUGGAAGUGCUAAUCGAGCAGUGGAACAGCCAUGGAAUAGCUCUAAUACCCAUAUGAAAAACAAUAACAAUCGCAGAAUGUCAAAAAUUGAGGCUGUACUGAAUAAUGAUCUACAAUUUACAGCUAAGAAAAAGGAUCAGGGGAAAUUCUUGUUUAAAGAUGAUCAUUUUGUGGACUGGGAUAUUACCGAUUUCCUGAUCUCUGAACAAUGUAAAAAGGCGUCAUCUGAUUCAGACUCACAUUGGAUAGGUGCUGAGAAAAUUGGGCCCUGGUGGCGCAAAGCUGGAAAAGAUGAGUUGGCUUCCUUGGUUGCUCAGAAGUCGCUUGAGCAUGUUGAAAACUGUGAUCUUCCUCAACCACAGAUUAAGCAUUUUAGGAACACACCAUCUCCUUACUUAGAGUGCCUUGACCAUGACAAGACUCUGCCAUCCCCUCUAAAUGAAAAAGCGGAGAAGAAUUCUUCCUAUGUGGAAAGUCAUACUUCUGGAACCCCUACUUCUGGUUGUUCAUCAUCACAGGAUUCAGAGAGAUUGUUCAGCUCCAACCAGAGCAAAGACUCCUACUCAACUAGCAAGGGUGAACCUAUGAACUCACAGUCCAAUUCCAAGGCUCAGCUGUUGGAAGCAUUGUGCCACUCUCAAACACGAGCAAGAGAGGCUGAGAGAGCCGCGCAACAAGCAUACAACGAGAAGGAGCACAUCCUCAGUCUCUUCUUCCGACAGGCUUCGCAACUCUUUGCUUACAAGCAGUGGCUCCACCUUCUGCAGCUUGAGAACCUCUGCCUGCAACUAAGAAACAAAAACCAGCCAUUGUUAAGCCUCUUACCAGCUGGCCUACCUUGGACCCCAUGUCGUGGGAAGCAGCUUAAGAACGGUCAUUGUGGUGGUAGAAAGAGCAAGAGCAGUAAUAGAAGAAAUGGGAUCAAAAGAUGUGCUGUUGCUUUUGUCGUGGGUUUAGGACUUGCAGGUGCUGGUUUGCUUCUUGGAUGGACUAUGGGAUGGAUGUUUCCUCCUAUUUAGGUGACAUGCUGUAGUGUAACCUUGACUAACAAUAUCAUUCUACUCUGUCAUGCUUAGGUUCAUGAAAGUGUAAAUCUUAUGUUGUCAGUGAUUUUCAGCUCUUGUAAGUAUUCAUCAUCCAUUCAGAUCCACUAGCUGUAUAUAUUGAAGAAGAAUGUGUGCAAACUUUAAAGCUUGCAAUGUCAAGAGAUCGAGUAAUUUGUAAGGUUUCUACUAGAAAAUGUGAUUAUUGGAUGUAUGUACCUCGUACUUUUUUAAGGCAUACGUUGUGAGUUGUGAUUGGGUGAUUUA